CGUGAUACAUACACACAAACACGGCCAUAUUGGUUUUGUGCUUUCGUGUUCAGGCUGUUGAACAUUGCAAAAAGAUCAGAAUCAGAAAUAGUAAUAAAGAGAAAAAGAGAUGGCAGAUACAUUGAAGUUUGGUCCAGAAUGGCUCAGAGCCUUGUCUGAUGGAAACAGUUUGGGCACUCCUCCGCCUUCGCCAGGCUUGGGAAAAUACAAGUUGGCAGAUUAUCGUUACGGCCGAGAGGAGAUGCUAGCACUAUUUAAUCCAAACUGUAAAGUACCAGAAGAGUUGGAAGGACAGACCUACAUUAUGGUUGAAAAAUCACAAGAACCCCUUGCAUUAAUACCACUGUCAGAAGAAGAACAGAGACUUUUAUCACAGACUGUAAACAGUAUGGCAGUUUUACGAAUGUUUGGACGUGGAGGUCCCCCUGGUGUGAGAGGAAGGGGGGUGGGUCCAGAACGAGGCAGAGGAAGAGGCUUGGGUCGUGGAAGAGGUGAAGGUGGUUUCUUACAGAGAGGUGCCUCCUAUGAAGAGACAGCUGGAGGAGGCUUUGUCCGUCCACCAAGUCACAACAGAGCAGAUGGCUGGGAAGAAGUGGGGAGCAAACGUAAUUACCAGAACAGAUUUGAUGAACCUGGUGUUCCACGCCGGGAGUUCACAAGGUCAGUCAGCAGUACAGAUAAUUGGCGAGGUAAAGAGGAGGAAGAAGAAGGGGAUGGAGAUUGGCGUAAAGCUGGCUCAUCUAAAUGGAGUGCUCGCGGAAAUUGGAGAGAUCCAAGCAACAGGGAAAGGGGAGGUUUUGACUCUCGUCCUAAUGGAGUACAGCGUGGGGGCAGGACGUUCCAGAGAAGCAGAAAUAGUGAGUCCUGGGACGAAGAAGGUGAAAACUUACCAGAGUGGAGUAUGCCUGACUCGGCUGAUGUGGAGGAACCUGGGACAUUUGAUUCUAGUGGAGCAUUUGUCUUUAAUAAGUUAAAGGGAAUGGUAAGAGGAAGCGGUAAGGGUGAUCAUGAGGAAAACCAUGCCAGAAGGGCUGCUCCAGGCUUAAAACUCAAUGAGGCUCUCGCAGGGACAGACUCGCCACAAAGAUACAAUUCUAAGGAGGACAAAAGUGACUCAAAAAGUGGGUACAAUAUUCAGAAUGAGGAUGAAGAGACGGGUACAUCUGUUAAGGAGGAAAGAGACACUUUGACACCUGAUAAUAAAGACAAAAACAAACAAGGCAAAUCUAAACAACAGACUUCACAGCAGGAAGUGGAGCAACCAAGUACUAAAUCUGAAGUGUCCGAAAAUAAGAGGCCAUCAAAUCUCUCAACAGCGGCCACUUCAGAUUCCAAACAACAUUCUGCACCAAACAAAAAGACAACUGCUGCAAUAGAAUCUAAGGAUGUGUCAAUAAGUGCUCAAAAACAGAAAAGUGCUCCAUCUACCACAGAGACUAAAACCAAAUCUACAAAAAAAUCCAAAAAGGAAUCCCAGAUGGAGCAAGAAGCUCUGGAUAGACUUAAGGAGAAAGCAGAAAACAUGGUGUUAGAUGCCAUCGAUGUGGAGGCAGAGGAAGAAGAAGAGGAAAGCUCACCAGAAGAUGAAAAUACAAAAAAAUGGUUCUAUUUAGAUCCCCAGGGAGAUGUCCAAGGUCCCUUUACAUCCAGUGAGAUGGCAGAAUGGUUUAGUGCUGGUUAUUUCACCAUGAACUUAAAAGUGAAGAGGGGAUGCGAUGACCGGUAUUCACCUCUAGGAGAGUUAAUAAAGAGAUGGGGAAGAGUUCCAUUUUUGCCAGGGUCUGCACCUCCUCCACUACUGAAUUCCCCUCAAAGGACUGCGAGCCCUGACCUGGCAGCGCAGCAACAACAGGACCAGUUAAAACUUCUACAGCAGCAGUAUGUCAUACAACAACACAUGAUGCACCAACAGAUGGUGUUAAGACACUUACAGAUGCAACAGGUAAUGACACAAUUACAGGAAAACGAUGAUUUUAAACACCUCCCUCCUCUUCAUCAACAACAGCUGGCUACACAGAUCCUCCUCAAACAGUCUGCUAUGUUACCUGUGCCUGGGGGUCAGUCAGACCCUAAACUGUCUCCUAGGUCUCCCCCUACAGAACGAGUGGGUGGCGAGUCCCCUCGACAAAUGUCACACACAUUUCAACGCUCAAUGUCUCAGCCCGCCGACCUCACCAAGUCACCGCCACAGGCAGAAGAUGGGUCAAUAUGGGGAAGUAUUAAUCCAGCUGUUCAAGAUCUGUUAGCCCAGGGGACAGGGAGUGUGUGGGACCUGGACCCAAAGUCGGUGAUAUCUGCAGUGGACCUAGAAGCACAACUUGAGAAGGCUAGAAAGGAAACUGAUGAACGUCAAAAAGAAGAAGUGGAAAAGCUACGAUCAGAAUUAUUUCACAGAAAGCAAGAAGAACUUAGAUUACGAAAGGAAGAAAUACAAAGAGAGAAAGAGAUGAUGGAGAUGGAACGACAGAAAUACUUGGAGUUGAAAAAAUUAGAAGAAAUUAGACGGAAGGAGGAGGCAGAGAAACAAAUGCGAGAAGAGGAAGAGAUGCAGAGGAGAAAAACAGAUGAGGAAAGACGACUAAUGGAAGAAAAAAUCAGACGACAAAAGGAAGAGGAACAGAGACGAAGAAGGGAGGAAGAGAUCAGAUUACAAGAACUACAAAGACAGCAGGCAGAGUUACGGCAGCAAGAAUUACAGCGACAGGAAUUGAUCCGUCAACAGGAGAUACAGCGACAACAAGAAAUACAGCGCCAAGAGGAAGAGGAAAUGAACAAACAAAAACAUCUGGAAAUACAGAAACAACAGGAUGCACAAAGACAACAGGAAUUACAGCACAAACAACAAGAGGCACUCCGCAAACUUCAACAGGAACAGAUGGCAAAGAUGCAGGAUCAAUUGGCAAAAAUACAGUUACCGUCCCAUGCCCAGUGGGCCAGCCAGCAGACAAGUGCCAUGGGGGCCAGCGGAGUGUCUAAUAAAACCCAGUCCCUUUUGGAGAUUCAAGAACAGGAAGAGAGGGAGCACUAUGAACAGGAAGAAUCUAUGCAAAUGCAGCGCAAGGCGGAUGCACAACGACAACAGAUGAUAGCUUUACAGCAGCAGCAACAACAGAAAUCCUGGUCUAGUCAAGUAGCCCCCAGUCAGAGUAAUGGAAAAUCCCUGUUGGAGAUCCAGGAGGAACAGUCCCAACAGGAGACGGAACGAAAGAAUGAACAACAACAAGUACAACAAAGUCAAAAUAAGAACCUAACACUUGGUGCUGCAAGUGUAUGGGGUGGAGUUACCUCCCCUUCACACUGGGCUAGUGAGGGGGCAUGGGGAAAUGCUGUAAGAGCACAGACAAAUGCACAACAGAACAGUGGUACCAGUAAUGGAGCAGGCUCUCUCGGUUUCUGGGAUGAUGCUAUCAUCUCGUCUAAGCGAGCACCUGCUGCUUCGUCAAAGAACAGUGGACAGACAAACAAUGCAGAGUUCCCUGCCCUGAAGGGAGGCCAAAUCAUGGCACCGGCACCCAUCGUCAAUACCCCCAGCAAGCCAAAGCCUUCUAAGAUGAAGAAAGAGGAGGAGGCAGUCCAGAAGUUGUUUCAGGGGAACAUUUCCAAGGGGGACGACUUUACUGAAUGGUGUGAGAAAGAGCUGAGGAUUAUGGCCACUUCAGUAGAUAUCCCUACAUUCAUCUCCUUCCUGAAAGAAGUGGAUUCUCCAUAUGAGGUGCAUGAUUAUGUGCGUUCUUACCUCGGAGAUACCAAGGCAGCCAUUGACUUCGCUAAACAGUUUCUGGAAAAGAGGAGCCAAAACAGAAAUAAGAGCCGCCAACAGCAGCAUCAACCAGAGGACAGUAUUUGGGGGCCUGCCCCUGCCCGUGACUUUCGCCAGUCACAGCCUUCAAGCCAAGUCAACGAGUUUGAGACACAGAAAGCCAAGGGCAAAAAGAAGAAGAGGAUGACAAAGAUUGACAGCAGCAUUCUCGGUUUCACCGUUCACGCUGACCCGGGACGCAAGAACAUCGGUGAAAUUGAUAACAUCAACAAGUGAUAGAAUAAACAAUAUUGCUGAGGUGAUUUUUAUUUACUGUUUUACAUGUGGGGUAUGGUUGUCUGUUAUACAAUCACAAAUGUCUGGAUUGAAGAGUUAUAGGACUAAGAAGGUGAAGGGCAAGUUGAAGGACAGACAGUACAGUUUGAAAAAAGCUUCUGUGCAAGUCUGCUGUCGAAUGCCUCCUGUGUGAUACCCCACUAGCUCAUCAUUGAGAUGGAGCAGUGCCCCAUUGACCAUAGUGUACAACUGUCCCAUAAAGUGUACACCUAUAUACAUGGCUGAAUACGGCACUCCAGAAGGUUUGUCAGGCCGGGAGUUACUUCCCUUCCCCAAAUAUAACGAGAGAAUUAUAAGGCUUCUGCUUGUUACAAAGAUGAAUGAUUCAGAAUCUGCAUGUUGUUCUAAGGUUAUAUGAAUUUAAUGUGCAAAAAAAGUUAUCAAUUUUACUAAAAAAAAUACCAUCCAAUUUUAAAUAUCAAGAAAGUUCAGGAAAAAGAAUUACUAACUGCCUGGAUGAGUGAUGGAGAAAACAAAAUUCUGGUUCUGAUUUUUGGCAUCCGAUUUCAGUUCAUAAUUUUUGAACUUUUGGAUUUUAAAGAAAAUUUUAUAGAAAAAAAUUAAAAUUUUACUGUCAUCAAAAUGUUUAAUAAAUAAAGACAUUUAUAAAAUCAAUACUCAAAACUUGAUAUAAACCAGAUGCGUAAUUGUAUUGAUGCCAAUCAAGUUUUAAAUUUAUUUUUUACACUCUGUCAUGUGAAAGUGAUGGAGCAUUCUGUGAUAUGGGUUUGGCUAUAAUUGACUCAAAGGUCAAAAGUCAAGGUCACAUUGUUUAAGGUUGGGACUGGGGGAGAUAUUCUGGUUUGUUACAUAGUAACUGACCCUUGUUUGUAGUCUACUGAUCCUAUGCAGGUGCUAUCAUUGUUGAAUUCCUUUAGUUAGUGUUUCAGAGAUACAGUGAAAUAUUAAUACAAUUGACAUUAAGAGUUGAUUUGUAGCUGGGGUUUAUAAACUCCAGAUAUCUGAAGUCAGUCUUUAUAUAAUGCAUGGCCUUUUUUCUUCUUCUUUUUUUGGAAAAAUAGAUUGCUUUCAACAAAAUAUGUGGCCAUAAUAACAUAAGGAUACCUGGAACUAGGUUUUACAUGUUAAUUCUGUGAUAAAUCUCCAGAAAGGUUUUGAGUCAUGAUUUUUAUUAGAUCAGUAAGCUAGCUUUAUUUUCCUGAAUUUGGUAUUGCUGAAAUUUUACUUGAGUUGUUAUUGAUUGCAAUACAAAGAACUCUGUUUUUUAAUAAUAUAUUAACUUUAAAUGGACUUUUCAUUGUGGUUAAUCAUGAAUAUACCAAAUAUGGAUGAACUAAAUCUAGAACUACUUUUACAGCCAAUAUGUUACAUUUCUAGAAAUUAAGAUUUUAACUUCGAAGUGAUUUUUUAUGAGUCUUGCAAUGUUGUUCCUGACUUUUUUUUUAUCACAACUGAAAUUUCCAUUUAUCAUUUCUAUAAUAGAAAAACAAUAUCUCAAUGAAGGUUAGACCAGGAACUAUUUUUAUAAAUUUCACAAAUAUUUUCAUUUUUGCACAAGUAGCUUUUAUCAUGUACUAAUUUUCAGAUUUAAUAAAAAGUCUAGUGGUGACAAUUUGAUCAAAUUUAAAAAUAAAUUGUUCGACUUUAUAGCACAUCUACUUUUGUAAGAACAUUUAUAUACCGGUGUGUCGUUUUAAAACUUUCUAAUUCCUUCUGAAUGUAUACUUGAUUUGUUCAAUGGGCUGCAGUACAUGUGUAAGCUGGUUUGGAGGGAAAACAUAACAAAAUCCAAUUUUGCUGGCAGUUAAAGCCUCAAAAAUGUGCCAUGUUAAAAUCCAUUUCAUCAGUAUUAUUUAUAUAAUAGCACUGUUGAAAACUGAUAUGUGAUUUUAUUAGAUUGAUUUUGUGUUGAUGCAGCAGCAGGGAUUUCCUUGUACAUGUUCAAGUGAGAAAUCACAUGUACAGCUGGUGUUACAGUGGUCAUGGCACUGAUGGUAAUGUCACAGUUAUAAUGUUGUUUUUUACAAUCAUCUAAUAUGUUAUGGUAAAGUUAAAAUAAAAUUGAUCAUCAUCUGGUUUUGUUUUAAAACUGUAUACAAAAGAGGCAGUUAUUGUUUGCAACUGGAGUAAAAAAAAAAGGUAAAUUGACAAUAUUCCUUUGUCAGGUAAUAUUGUCAGGUACUUGAAGGUCGGCUGUAGAACACAAGUUCACUGAUCUUAUCUUCUGGCCUAAAUGUGUCGCCAAUACUGUAAAACCCUGACGACAAACAUGAUAAGCUUCUUGUAAAGAUUUUAUUUUGAUAUGUCCUGUUUUUAUUUUAAGAUAAAUAUUUUAAAGUUAUGACAAUACCACUGAAGACCAAAAUUACCAAAUAAAUCGUUAGGUAUGGUUAUAGCCAUGAUGGGUGUUUAGCAUAACAUCAAGAAAGUUAAAUGGGUGGAUGAAAGGGGGGGAAAAGAAAGCUUGUUUGUCUAAAGCAAACAUAUAUCUUGUUUUUUCUGUGAAAGAUGAAAAAAAUAUGAGAAAACAAAUAAAAAAUCCAUAAAAUAUUG